CGUGACGUAACAUAGCGCGAUCGAGUGGGAGGCUGAGAAGAAGACUGGAGGCUGCAUCCUCGUUGAUUACCACCAUGAAACCCCGGUCACCUUCGGAGCAGCAUCACGGGAAAAGACCCCGUGUCCCUCCUGCAGCAGCCUCCACGUCGCCGCAAGACGCAAUGGAGGACGCUCCUCUGCCGAACCCGCGAGAACUCACCCAAAACCCCCUCAAAAAAAUUUGGAUGCCGUGUAAAAAUGGCCUUCCCGAGAGGCACAUUUCUCAAAGGAAGGUCUGCAUGACAAACUGUCCUACGCUGAUUGUGACGGUGGGCCUUCCUGCUAGAGGGAAGACCUACAUCUCCAAGAAGCUCACCCGCUAUCUCAACUGGAUAGGGGUUCCCACAAGAGAGUUCAAUGUAGGACAGUACAGGAGAGAGUGUGUGAAGAUCUACAAGUCCUUUGAGUUCUUCCGUCCAGACAAUGAAGAAGGGUUAAAGAUCAGAAGGCAGUGCGCUUCGGCAGCUUUAAAUGAUGUGCGAGAGUACCUCACAGAAGAAGGAGGCCAAGUUGCGGUUUUUGAUGCAACAAACACCACCAGGGAAAGAAGGGAAACCAUCAUUGAAUUUGCAGAGCAGAAUGGCUUCAAGGUGUUUUUUGUGGAGUCCGUGUGUGAAGACCCAGAUGUAAUCCAGGAGAACAUUGUGCAAGUGAAGCUGGGCAGCCCCGACUACACUAACUGCAACACCGAGGAGGCGGUUGAAGACUUUAUGAAGAGGAUUAAGUGUUAUGAAAAUUCUUAUGAGACAUUAGAUGAGGUCUUGGACAGAGAACUCUCCUACAUCAAAAUCAUGGAUGUGGGUCAGCGAUAUUUGGUCAACCGGGUGUUAGACCACAUCCAGAGUCGAAUCGUCUACUACCUCAUGAACAUCCACAUUACACCUCGCUCCAUCUACCUGUGUCGACAUGGAGAGAGUGAGCUCAAUGUCAAGGGUUGCAUCGGAGGCGACUCGGGCCUCACGCCCAGAGGCAAAGAGUUUGCCAAGAAGCUAAGCCAGUUCAUUGAAGCUCAGGGCAUCAGUGAUCUGAAGGUGUGGACCAGUCAAAUGAAGAGAACCAUCCAGACGGCAGAAGCUCUCAGUGUGCCCUACGAACAGUGGAAGGUCCUCAACGAGAUUGACGCUGGUGUGUGUGAGGAGAUGAUGUAUGAGGAGAUUCAAGAUAAUUACCCUCUGGAGUUUGCACUGCGGGACCAGGACAAGUACCGCUACCGCUACCCUAAGGGAGAGUCUUAUGAGGACUUGGUGCAGCGGCUGGAGCCGGUCAUCAUGGAGCUGGAGAGGCAGGAGAACGUGCUUGUCAUCUGUCACCAGGCCGUCAUGCGCUGCCUACUGGCUUACUUCCUGGACAAGACGGCAGAGGAACUGCCCUACCUGAAGUGCCCGCUGCACACCGUGUUGAAGCUCACGCCAGUGGCCUACGGCUGCAAAGUGGAGUCCAUCGGCCUCAACGUCGAAGCUGUCACCACGCACAGAGAGAAACCAGAGAACGUGAACGUCCAUCGAACAACAGAGGACGCCCUGCAGACCAUCCCUGCUCACUUCUGACGCCAAUGUGUGCGGCCUUCCGGCGAGCCUCGUGUUUCCCGCAAGGUGCCCCGUCGUUGCUUUUCCUGUGUCGUGCACUUCCUGUUCACGCGGGUGACUUCCAGACUGAAGUGCCUCCUCCGAUGCAAAAGCACACCUCUGUAGCUCUAAGGUACCAUUUGAAGGAGUUCAUCUCAUUUGACGUUUUGCACUGUCCUCACAAUUUGCUCCAGCGUGAUAUCCGUGUGUCCUUAAGAUUGUACUUUUGCGCAGUAGAGUUUAAGUAUUCUAUUUUUUUUAACUAUCACUAUGGGUUCCAUCCAUCCAAAGAUCAAUUUGCUUUAUAUUUGAAUCACUUAAAUGUGCAAUCUUUGUUUUUGUGAUAGUGUCCUCAAUGUUUAAUAUGCUAUUUGAAGGUUCCUAACCUAAUGUACCUGGUGUUAUAAAAGAUUUUAGAUAUAUGAAGCGCUUAUUCACUGUACUGAAAUGACCUCUGUUGUUUCCACUAACAUGGCUAAUAUGUCUCACUUCAAGCAGAUGUACUGCCUUUAUAGUAGAGAGUGAAUUCUGAUUCUGUGAAGAGUGUGCGCGUGUGUGUACCUGUGUGUGUGUGUGAGAAAAAUAGAGAUCACGUCAGGUCGUGGUGGUGACUCCGUUGAAAUACAAUAAAGUUGUUAUUUUUACACUAUGA